GAAACCUAAAACCCUAAUUUCUUUCUGUACUCCGCCUCAGUUCUCCAUCUCAACAGGCAUGGCUACCAAGCAGCCGAAUAGUGGCCUCUUUGUAGGACUGAAUAAGGGCCACAUUGUAACCAAGAAGGAGUUGGCUCCACGUCCCUCUAAUCGGAAAGGAAAAACUAGCAAAAGAGUCCAUUUUGUGAAGAACUUGAUCAGGGAAGUUGCUGGUUUCGCACCAUAUGAGAAGAGGAUUACUGAACUUCUGAAAGUUGGUAAGGACAAGCGAGCACUCAAGGUAGCUAAAAGAAAGUUGGGAACCCACAAGAGGGCAAAGAAGAAGCGUGAGGAGAUGUCUAGUGUUCUCCGCAAGAUGAGGGCUCAUCCUGGAGGUGGAGAAAAGAAGAAGUGAAGCUUAUUUUCUUGAUUUGCUCUCUAUGGUGACAUGCUUGGCAGUCUCAUUUAGCGGUUAGAGAAGUUUGUUUAGAGCAUGGUUUGUAUUUUGUUUGAGACUAAAAACUAUGUGCUGAAACUUGUUUUAUUUGAAUUAGAGAUGAGAAAUUGGAAGAAGUAAUGUCUUUAAGUUCUCUUGUUUGUUGGAAUUUUAUUUAUGACCAUAUCUACAUGCAAUUGGGUAUUUGGUAA